AUGCUCUUCCCCAUGUACACCGUCGCUGCAGAUGUGCUGCUGCAGAUGACGAAAGUGGAGCCGCAUGAGAAAUUGAAGGCGUGGGGCAUGCUCGUGGACUUUCGCGACGACUUGGGGAGAGCGGCUUUUGUCUCACAUCAGUGGCUAACGCAACAACACCCAGAUCCAGAGUUUCAGCAGUUUCGCGUUCUGCAGGAUGCUAUAGAGAGGAUCUUGAACAGCUCCGGGUCUCUUUCCUUGGACCCGGCCACAGAAGCCGUGGUACCAACGGCCAAGCCCCGUCCUGUGAAAGACUUUCAGACGAAGGCACUGUUCUUCUGGUACGACUAUUUCUCUUGUCCGCAACUGCACGAUUCGGCACUAUUUGUCGAUAGAAUCACAAGCAGGCAGGAGCAAACCAAGGCCAUCAAUAGCAUCCCAGCAUACGUAACCAGGUGUGACUUUUUCCUUGCACUUUGUCCGGUUCUUGAUUGCCGCGUCGAGGGCAAGGUGCUCACACCAGCGACCUGGAGCAGCAGAGGGUGGUGUCGCCUAGAACGAGUAGCAUGCGAGCUGUCACCAAACAGUACUUGGAUUGUCAUUCGAAGUGCGACCUCCAUUGAAGCUGUUGGCACACUGCU